AUGGACAAAAGAGACGUACUGCGAGAACAACGGCGCAUAUUAGACGUUGAUGCCAGAAAGCGUCGUCUCCGUAAAGCCCUUGAAAUUCUUGAACAGGACAAUCUUGUCGAAGAGUCUCAAAAUGAGUCGAAGUCAACGAAACGUCCCAAAUUUGAAGAUGAUGGACCUGGCCACGGGAAACGACGUCGCAAAACUACUAUAAGUCGUGCUAAGUUUAAGAAAACGUUUGACCUUCUUCUAGAUGAAGAAUACCAAGCUACUAAAGGUGGUCAAAUUGGAACUUCUUAUUUCACUGCAGCUGUGCCGGACUCACGAUUACCUCCUCGUAAAUUCUGCUCAGUUUGUGGUUUUAUUGGAUCCUAUGUUUGCGUAUCUUGCGGUUCGCGCUACUGUUCUCUCAAGUGCCGUGAUGUCCACAACGAUACUAGAUGUCUUAAGUGGGUGGCAUAG